AUGGAUCCUACUUCGAUUGAUCAUCAAGAGUUGGAACAAAUCGAAGCUAUUGAUGAACUUCUUGAAGAUUUCUGGUUCUUUGAUAACUUACUUGACAGAAGAUCAAGAAUCUUGAGGUACUGCCAUUCAGAUCCUUACCCUGUUUCUCUUCCUUCUUCCUCUUACACUUGUCUAAAACCCGAAUCAUCGAAAACCGGAGAUUUGGAUUCAGACAAGAAGCUUCUUAAAGCUCAUACCGGGGGAGAAUCGGUUUCACCACCAAGUAUUGUGAAUAAAGAAGGUGGAAGCGAGCCUGAGAAGAUAAACAAGAUGAGAAGGCAGUUCUCUGAGAAGAUUAGGGUUCAAGAACGAAGAACUUACUUGCAGAAGAAGGAACCUGUGGUACGAGAGAAGGGAAUUAGAGAAAGCUCUAAAAAGAACAGAACUGGUUGUAAUAACAGUAGUUUCGGCCAGUGUUGUCAGAUGGGAGGGAGUUUGCAGAGAACUCAGACGUUACCGAGUUACAUAGGAAGAGAAGAUGUUGGAAAUGAGUUUCAAGAUCAAGACAUUGACGAUUCUAGAAUGGGAUUCUUGAUCCGUGAAGCCAUAGCUAGCUCGUCUUCAGGGUUAACUCCAACGAAACAGAACACACCAAAGAGUUCAAGCAUUCCAAGGCCUAAACCACCGAGACACUCAAGAUCAGAAGAAGCUAUUCAAGAAAUGGUCACCAAGUCACAAAGAAACCCAAGUGGUAAGACGCUGCGUAAGACAUUAAGCAGCGUCGAUACGCAAGAGCUUCUGAUGAUGAAGGAAUUGGACAUUACUGAAUUAGAAGAAGAUGAUGAUGAAGAACAGAGGAGGAUCCCACGCGCAACCGUGAAAAGCCGGUCUGCAGCGGUGGUGGGUCAGCCUAUUCCAGUUUGGGUUCCAAAGGAGUCAAGAAGAGACAUGAAAGCUCAGUUAAAGUUUUGGGCUCGAACCGUCGCAAGUAAUGUUCGACAAGAAUGCUGA